AUGGAAAGUGAAGCGCCCACCGAGGAUAGGCUGUUGCCGGGGCUUCUACGACUGCCGAACGAACUCUUGAUCAAGACGGUCUUCUCCCUCAGCAAUCUCGAUCUACGACGGCUCGCCCGAGUCAACAAGAAGAUAUCCUUCUUCUUCGGCAGCUACCUCACACGUUUUCGAUACAAUGCCGGUAUCCUAAAGCUACCCGACGAGCUCCUUCUUGAAGUAGCUCAGCAUCUGAGUACACAGACAGACCGCAGUCAUUUCGCCCAAGCUAGUCUAAGAUUAUAUCCUAUCGUCAUGAAUUACGUGGCCCAUUACGACUUGCGAUACAAUGCCAGCAGUCUCUUGAUGUUCGCCGCCAGGUGGAACCUCAUGGACAUGGCACGGAAGAUCUUGAAUCUUAGAGGAGACAUCAACACCCACAGUGUCUCUCAUCAUUAUUUUAAAGGCCUUCGUGCGCGGCCACUCCCGAAUUCGGCAUACUUUGGACACAAGCAAGUGGUUUGCCUUCUUCUGGAGUCUGGAGCUGUUGAACUUAUCGACACAAUUCGCCUCGCUCUCGAACUUGCCAUCACAAACGGACAUGAGCAAAUAGCCAUUCAAUUUUCGCAAGCGCUGCCAGCGGACGCCAUGAUUUUUAAGGGUGAAGAUUUACUGUUUCAAUUGGCCUGCGAGGCCAAAAUGAUCAACUUGGUCAGAUUCCUGCUUGAACGUGGAUAUCAGAGACGUACAGCUGCCGAAACUACACGAGGCUACAGCACACAUCUACAUCGUCUCAUCGCGAAGGAUUCUGUCGGAAGCGGCUAUAUCAAGCGAGGGCAGCACGAUGAGGUGUAUCAAAUUGCUACUAUGCUUCUCCAGCACAAGGCGGACCCAGAUGCACGCAGAGAAGCGUACCGCGGCGUGUUUCUGUGUUCGCACCAAGAUACAAAGCAUCGCAUUUCCGAUCUGGCACUCUUGCUCAAAAUCAUCCGCGAGAAGCUUCUAUGGCAGCCCUCCGUUUCCAUUGAUUGGUCUCGAACCGCCACAUUGUGGGACGGUCUGAAUUCACUGACGGCAGACGCCAACGAUAUGGAGGAUUCGGUGGCCUUUUGA